AUGGCUUUCUCUUAUAUCCCGUUCUGGACGGCGUCCUCUCUACCAGACCACUGCACGCCGACCUCUCCCCUCUUGUCUGAAUUAUCCCUAUAUCUUGGGUUUUGCAUACCUACCCCUCUUGCCGCGCUCUCUACUCUCCUCGGCACCCUGUCAAUAGUGUCAUGGUUAUUCGCGCAGAUGCCACAGAUUUUCAAAAACUAUUAUAUCAAAUCCACUGCGGGUCUCUCGAUUUUCUUCCUGAGCGAGUGGUUACUAGGCGAUUUGGCCAACCUUCUUGGAGCGAUAUUCACCAAGCAAGCUGGCUGGCAGAUCAUAAUCGCAACCUACUACGUCUUCGUUGAUAUGUGCCUAGUGGUUCAGUACUUCUGGUACAGUUACGCCGCGAAGUGGAUAUAUGAGGAAAGUCUCCAUUCCACAGGGAGCAGCGAUAUCGACGACGCCGAUAGUGCCAUUAUAAAUGGGCUGUCACCCAUCAACUCCAAUUUCGCCAGUGAGGGCCCGGAACUCAGGGACUCCAACGACUAUGCUCCGAAACGAUCAGAUCCCACAGAUGUCACUGCUCCUCAGUUUUCCGCUGUAAAUUAUGGCGAAAAGAAAGGAACUUCGCCUCAAGAUAUUGUCUACGGGGACAAAUUUGGGUCGAGUUGGAUGGCUUCGCCCUCUCCACGCACUCUUCUAUAUGCGGCUACUAUGGCUUCCUUGGCCUCCAAUGUGGCAGCUGCUCCAGUACCUUUUCCUUCCGACCACCAUGUGCAUGGAAUUCAUCUCUUCCGCGUCGACACCCCUCUCGAGAUUACCGGUACUAUCUUGUCGUGGUGCUCCACCUUCCUAUACCUUGGGUCAAGAUUACCUCAACUGUACAAAAACUGGCGCCGGCAGUCAACUGCUGGCCUCUCCCCGCUUUUAUUUAUCGCUGCGUUUUGCGGCAACUUCUUUUACUCUGCCUCCUUGAUCACCAACCCGAACGCAUGGAGCGAUUACGAGCCAUACGGACAUCACGGUUGGGUGGAUGCGGACGGGAACCAGAGAUGGGCAUGGGUGGCCCGAGCAGCGCCAUUCUUUCUGGGGGCUGCAGGAGUGCUCAUGAUGGAUGCCUUGAUGGGUGUCCAGUUUAUCAUGUAUGGGGAGCGAGAAGACAGAAUCGUGAAGGUAAGAGAUUCGCACGGGUAUAGUCAUUGGGAGCGAGUCAAUGGAUGGAUGAGAGGCUGGAUCCCGGCCAUGGUCGGAAAGGAUAGAGUCGUGGAUAUGGCCCAAAGCCAGCGACUCCUGCAUGAGAGCGGGCAUUUGAGUCUGAGUCGGCGACGAAGUCACCAUCACGUCGACUACGGGGUUGGCUCGUCCAACAAUUAUGCGUACUUGGUCAGCGAUGACGAGACCAAGGACGCUGUGAUCAUUGAUCCAGCAAAUCCUCCAGAAGUCCUUCCUGUCCUCGAGGAGAAAUCCAAAUCUCUAAACCUAACUGCAAUCAUGAACACACACCAUCACUGGGACCAUGCUGGCGGAAACAAAAAGAUGCUGUCCGCCUUGCCCUCCCAAUUGCCCGUUAUCGGAGGCCAGGGCUGCGAAUGCGUUACAAAGACUCCUCCCCAUGGGUCAACAUUCUCGAUAGGCAAGAAUAUCGAAGUCACCGCCCUGCACACGCCCUGCCAUACACAGGACAGUAUUUGUUGGUACAUGCAAGAUAAGUCCACAAACGAACGAGUCGUGUUUACUGGUGACACGUUGUUUAUCGGCGGCUGCGGUAAAUUCUUUGAGGGCAAUGGUACAGAAAUGAAUACAGCUCUCAACGAGAUCUUGGCUUCCUUACCGGAUGAUACAAAGAUCUACCCCGGGCACGAGUACACAAAAUCCAAUGUUAAGUUCUUGAAGAAAGUCGACGGGAACAACCCGGCGGUGAAAAUGCUGGAGAAGUUUGCGGAGGAGAACCGGGAAACACAAGGAAAGUUUACCAUUGGUCAGGAAAAGGAAUAUAAUGUGUUUAUGCGAGUAAAGACGGAGGAGAUGAAGAAGGCCACGGGGAAGAGUGAGCCUAGCGAGGUGAUGACUAAAUUGAGGGAGAUGAAGAACGCAAGUUAA